CUGCCAGCAGCAGGAGGCAGGAGGGAUCCAGCAGCAAGGAGAAUGGCAACAGUGAGGAGAAGGCUGGCAGCAAGGAGCAGGACCCACUCAGCACGAAGGUGCUGAAGGAGCUGUUGGACGAGCUCCUCAGUGUCUGCCGAGUGCUGUCCCGGAGGAGCUUCAUGCCAGAGCUGCACCCAGCCACCGGGACAGGCACCAGCUCUGAAGCCUGGAGCAUCCAGGAGAACAGCAGCACCUACUGCCCUCUGGUCAUCCUGCGGCCACCCCUCGGCCACUCCUUCAGCCCGGAGAGCACAGAGCAGCCGCCAGCCAGGCGCAUCCGUGUGGUGCUGGAGUGCCUGUGCUCAGGGGAGCAGCUGCUGGGGCAGAUGUGCUUUCUCCACACCUCUGGUGGCCAGCUGCCCAGGGAUCAGGAGUGGUACCUGCUGGACACCCUCUGCACAGGCUCCUACUUGGACGCUGAGAAAGUCACCUGCUGGGUCCAAAUGUUGGUGGCAUCAGCCUGGCUGCGUUUGCCCCACUCGCGCCACUGCCAGCUCACAGCGCUGCCCUCCCACAAGUCCUGCAUCUUCCAGCUGAGCAGCACCUCUGGCCUGUGCUGCAGCAUCGAGAUGGCUUUGGCUGUGCAGCAAGGCAGCUCAGGUGCCUACCUGACCCUCGAGUAGGCAUCAGCCAGCUCUGCCAGCAGCACCGUGUCUCAGACACAUGCUGUGUCUCAGACUCACUGCCACAGUGCCACUGCUGCAGAGGUGAUAGCAUUAUUACCAAAAACGAGUAGAGGAAGGUGAAGUCAGCUGAAGUCAACCAUUGCUCAUGGCACAUUUUUUUGUCUUCUGUUAGGAUUCUUUAACUCCUUUUUACAAACUCUGAAAACAGUAGCCGGAUCACAGUAAUUCUGAAAUCUUCCAGGGCAGAGCUGGGAAGGUUAAUAUGAUUUCAAAAAUGUCUUAAGUUCUUUGAUUUUUAUUUGGUGUCCCAACAAGUCACUUGUGAUAAGAAUACAGACAAGUCAAAAACAUUA